CGACUCCGUGCCACACACGCACUUCCCAUCCAUAUAGUAAACCUGGCCCUUCUAUCUAUCAUAUCAGAAUUCUUUUCUUGUAUGUGCCAAAUAUUGCUCACUGACACCUGGGCAAGAUGGUGUUAACCAAGAGAAUAUUGGUGGUGGUCAUCCUCGUCGCCUUCCUCUACAUAUACGUUCUCGACAUUGUGUCUUCCGGUUGGAACCUGUGGCUAUCACACCUGUUCAUAAGUGAACCUUUGAUCAGGCCUCGAGUCUUUGAUGAGGACUUCAGUCCUAAGCAAUUCAGUAAAUCAAUGGAAUCUCAGAAGCCAGGAGAACCUAAGGUCCAGCAUGGUACUGAAGCUGAAGACCAUAAUUCAGACGAGGCCCAAAACCAACACUUUGAGUCUGGAGAACUGUCUCAGAGCCAGGAGAAGCUCGCGGCCCUUACACAGGCUCGUCUCUCAAAAACGAAGUACAGGACGCUGAAGCUGAACUACGGCGAGGCAGCCCAGGCAGUGCAGCUGUGGCCCGACGACCCCAAGUGUUCCAAGAUGAGGGUGAGGUUUGCCAAAGAUUUUGAAGGGACGCUCCUUCACUCCUACCCACGCUCAGGCAACAGCUGGACCCGUUACCUGCUGGAGGCAGCCACUGGCGUCUUCACAAGCUCUGUCCCUGAGUUUAAGGAGAUCUCUCUCAUCAAAGCAGGUUACCUGGGAGAGAGGUACUCUUUGAGGGACAGGAACACCAUCGUCACCAAGGUUCAUACCGUGGCGCAACUGCAGAGAUACCCAACCCUCCCCUCCAUCUUUAUUAUCAGGAACCCCGCCAGGGUGAUCGUGUCCUUCUGGGCUUUCAAGAACAUACAGAACAGGACCAAGAAACACGUCGCCGUCUUGCCCAGCUCAGCCUACAACACAACUGAAUUUCGAAGUUACGUCCAACAGCAGAUAAAAAAUUGGCUGAAAAUUAACUGUUAUGUACUGCAGCAGAACCGCACGCGACUGUUGCCAGUAUACUACGAGAAGCUGAGAAAUGACCCCAUGAAGGAGGUCCGCCGCAUGGUAGAGUUCCUGCGGCUACGACCCGACGAGGAACGCCUGGCAUGUCUGGCUCGCCACCUCUCUGGGAAGAUGAAGGGUGGUCAGAAAAAGUAUAACCCUUACGGUCCCCACGAGCUGAAAAAGAUCGAGGAGGCCGUCGAGGUGAUCAGGCAGCUGCUGGUUAAAAGAGGAUUUCCUCCUCUACCGGAUUAUUCUCGAUAUGAAAAUUAGGGAAAAAAUGACAUACAGCUUCCAUCAAAUAUGUCAGUUUUUAUUUAUUAAAUGAAGUUGUUAAUUUUAAGUCAAUGUUGGUUGUACUAUAACCUGUACUUUUCCUUUUAUAAAUUGGAUAUUAUGGCAUAAUUGUCAUACUGUACUUAAAUUACAUAACACAAUGGGGGAGCUUUACUCCCUGGCCCAUUGUGAAUUGGGCCAGGGGAGGGUGAACCAUCACCCUGUCAAGGGUCUCGGGGUACCAGAUCAUCGGGACCUCAAGCCCCUCCACUACGACAAGCCGGUUCCUGCUAGGGGGGUGCAAACUGGGGAAGUCUCCAUCUUUGGGAAGGUGGCGAAAGUUAGUGAAACGGGAAAUAGAGAUACGAUAUAAGAAGUUAAAAGGGAAUGUUAUAAAGGUGGGAACCUUCAGAGGUGCGAGACCAAAAGAGAGAUAACCAGGAGGUGAGAGUAGAUACCACAGGGAAAGAACAACGUU